UAUAGGUCAAAAACACUCAGACUUUUCUCUCAGCAAAAGUCAGUCAAGUACACUUAAGUGGAAUUUUAAGAAUAUUUCUAAGUACAUAAAGUAUAUAAAGUGUAGGCUGAAAGUAUGCUUUCUUAUUUUUUGUUUAAAAAUAUACUAAUAGCACACUUGAAUAAACUUCUUUUUCGAAAGGAUAAAAAUUAACAAUCAGGUUUAUAGAAUUUAAAAACAAACUAACAAAAAAACACCAAGAUGCAAUUUUUUCAAACAAUUAACGUGCAACAUGCAAUAAGACAAACACAACAUACAAUAUAAACACAUUGGCAUUUGGAAAUAUAUUCCAGAAUUUAUUCAAAAGGAAUCGCAAAUUGUGUUUUCAAUUUGUGGACGCAAAUUGCUUCUGGAAGAUUAGCUGGAAUUUUCUUAUUGAUAUAUAUAUAUAUUGAACAGUGCUUUGAAGGUCAAUUGGGGAAGUGAAGAUGUGCUCUUCUGAGGGCUGGGGACCCAAGGCAUCACUUGAUUUAGAAUCUUUGUGUGUUGUGAACAAGUUCUUAUUUGUUUGGAAUAAGUGCCAUUUGGCUAUAUUUUUGUGAGGGCAAGACAUUCGUGGCUUUGCACAUGGGCAGUGCCAAGUACUUGUAGUUGAAUUGUAUGUGACCAUUACUCUCCCAAGGCGAUUAUAGUGAUAAACAGUAGGCUCAUAUAUGGAGAGAGUGAUUUGCUUUUGAGAUUCACCUAAUGCCACCAACACUGAAAAUGGAACAUGAGCUGUCUGAGCUAUUUUUUGUCUUUUCAAACACACUGCCUUCUUUGACUCUCCAAUGAAUUUAAGCUUGACCAUCUCACCAAGGACUCUUGGUUCCAGGUGCUCCUCAAAUGCUGUCUCAAUACAAUAAUCCAGUGAGCGAAGGUGUUCACAGAGACUAUACGUGUGUCCACUUCGGUGAGCAAGUAGCUGGUACUGGCGACACUCCUCCAACUCACAACUUACAUGAUGAGCUUUACCCCACGUUUUUCUCUGAACAUGAAGAGGUAUAGUGAAACCAUGACCACUUCUUUGAACUGCUGACAGUCCAUUUGUGGGAUCAACACACACACUGGAAAGAUGCGAAUGCAUUGUGAUAUCUUUUGAAUGGUCGGUAUGUAUUCUGUUAAUGAGGAUUUUUAAGUUCUUUUUUAGAACAGUGAUGGAACAAUGUGGGCAUUUUAUUAAAUUUUGCCUUUUUGGCAAUUGUGAACCGGACGUUGUGGUCAGAGAAGCUACCGCAGGUGUCACUGUAGAUGGCAGUGAGGACAGCGCAGGUGUCACUGUAGAUGGCAGUGAGGACAGGGCAGGUGUCACUGUAGAUGGCAGUGAGGACAGCGCAGGUGUCACUGUAGAUGGCAGUGAGGACAGGGCAGGUGUCACUGUAGAUGGCAGUGAGGACAGCGCAGGUGUCACUGUAGAUGGCAGUGAGGACAGCGCAGGUGUCACUGUAGAUGGCAGUGAGGACAGCGCAGGUGUCACUGUAGAUGGCAGUGAGGACAGCGCAGGUGUCACUGUAGAUGGCAGUGAGGACAGCGCAGGUGUCACUGUAGAUGGCAGUGAGGACAGCGCAGGUGUCACUGUAGAUGGCAGUGAGGACAGCGCAGGUGUCACUGUAGAUGGCAGUGAGGACAGCGCAGGUGUCACUGUAGAUGGCAGUGAGGACAGUGCAGGUGACAUUGUGGACAAAUUAACCACUGCAGAUGAAGUUUUAGAGGAUUGAAGG